GAGGAGUGGCCUGGUGGUGGGACCUGGUAACACUGUAGAGCCGGGAGACUUGUUGUGAGAGGAUCAGCUGUGUCUAGCUAGCUAGCUAGGUAGAGAUAGCUGGUAGUGUCAUAUCUAGCCGGGUUUAUUAGUGAGGGGGUUUAUUCUAGGUGUAUCUGCCUAGCCAGGUUAGGAUGCCUGCCGUCAGCCCAGCCAAGGACUUCUUAGCAGGGGGGUUUGGAGGGAUGUGCCUGGUGGCUGCUGGACAUCCUCUAGAUACUAUCAAGGUUCGAUUGCAAACUCAGCCCACUCCCCAGCCAGGUCAAAAGCCACUGUACACAGGAACAUGGGACUGUGCUCUGAAAACUGUUCGAAACGAAAGUUUCUUUGGUCUUUACAAAGGUAUGGCUGCUCCAUUGGUGGGGGUUACACCAAUGUUUGCAGUGUGCUUCUUGGGUUUUGGAAUUGGCAAAAAGUUACAACAGAAAACACCUGACCAAAAGCUAACAGCAGUUCAACUCUUCAAUGCUGGCAUGCUGUCAGGAGUGUUCACCACAGCUAUCAUGACACCUGGAGAAAGAGUCAAGUGCCUGUUGCAGGUUCAAGCAUCCAGUUCGGGUCCAAAGGUGUAUAAAGGUCCCAUUGAUGUAAUGAAGGUGCUGUACAAAGAGGGUGGAAUUCGAAGUAUAUAUAAAGGCACCUGCGCCACUCUUUUACGAGAUGUACCAGCAUCUGGAAUGUAUUUCAUGACAUACGAGUGGCUCAAGAGAGCUCUGGCGCCUGAGGGUAAAGAAGGAGAGCUGAGCCCCAUGCGAACCAUUGUUGCUGGUGGAUUUGCUGGCAUGUUUAACUGGCUUGUGGCUAUUGGGCCUGAUGUUCUCAAGAGCAGACUGCAGACUGCUCCUGAAGGCACCUAUCCAAAUGGAAUCCGCAGUGUGUUUGUUGACAUUAUGCGCACAGAGGGUCCUCGAGCACUCUUCAAAGGAGCUGCACCAGUGAUGAUUCGAGCCUUCCCUGCCAAUGCUGCCUGUUUCUUAGGAUAUGAAGUAGCUAUAAAGUUCCUCAACUAUAUAGCUCCAGAUCUUUAGAAGACUGCCAUUAGCAUGAAACAUUUUAACAAAGCUUAGAUUUACAUUGCAAUAUAAUUAAUUAUUGAGUUUUGAAGUGAGAUGGUAAGGCAUGUAGUACCAUAAAUACCAGUAAUCCCCAUGGAUCUCUAUUGAAAAUUAAGUGGUGCCAGUUAUACAGGUAAUUCCUAUUAAAUUGUAUUCAUAGUUUGUAGUUGCCAGUUUUGCUAGAUAAUUAGAGUUCAGCACAUGUGCUACAACUGGAGCUUAAAUGAUGAGAGGAAAUUAAAUGCAUUGGAAAAAAUAAUAAGGCAUGUUCCUGAAAAAUUUGUAAUGAGCAAAUAACCACUGUCAUAUGUGAUAUUGUACUUGUCAAUUUCCAUGAGUAGCUAUUAAAUUAAUUUGUAAAUACACUGCCAGAAUGUUGAAUUAUUUUUUAUCUUUUGCUAAUUGAUUUAAAAGUAGUACCUUGUUUGGUUUAUUGCUUAUUUUUUAUAAUAAUAGAAGUAAAUUUGUAAGCAUAUUUAUUAAAAUGCAAUACAUUUUAUAUUGUAAAAAUAGUGUUUUUACCUUGAGAUUUUUUAAUAAAUACAAACUAUGUACAGGGUAAGUUUUAAUGUAAAGUAAUUAAAAAAUUACUUUUGGAUUUUAUUAUAUGUCUUGUUAAACCAUACCCCCGGCCGGGAUUGAACCCGCGGUCAUAGAGUCUCAAAACUCCAGCCCGUCGCGUUAGCCACUAGACCAGCUAGCCACAAUAAGAUUCAUCCAACUAGGUAUAUUUCUUAUUGUGGCUAGCUGGUCUAGUGGCUAACGCGACGGGCUGGAGUUUUGAGACUCUAUGACCGCGGGUUCAAUCCCGGCCGGGGGUAUGGUUUGUUUGCAAUCGUGUCAUUACGAUUUCUUAAGUCAUAUAUCUUGUUGUGCCUCUAACAUAUGAGGCUUGGAUCCUCUCAGGGAACCUUAGAGAUGAUCAUUAUUGCUACAUUCAAGCUUGAAUUUUUUUAAGCAUUAUUUUGUAAACAGCUUUAUUUUUUUUCAUAUAAUCAUAUAAUAUUUUUUCUAGCAUUGUACUCCAAACUUGCAUGUAUAAAUACUUUAAAUGCAUUCAGUAACUAUCUUUUAUAAUACACCAUUGUAUUUUUGGUUAUGCACUGUUAGCACUAAUGCAUGUAUGUAUUUUGUCACCCAAGGGAGUCAAAUUGCAACAUUGUCCCUCCAUGAAUGCCUUGUAGCUUUUUUGUUAAUGUGGCACAUACAUUACAUAAAGUUUUUUCCUCCCCAAUGUUAAAUAUUUUGUAAUGUAGCUAAAUGGAGCAUAUAUCUACACAGCUAUAUUUUUCAUCACAAGAAUAUAAAAUUACCUGCAGCUAUGCAAACUUUAGUAUACUCUCAAGUAAUUCACUUUCAUAGUGGUAUGGUGUUGAGAAUUUGUUUGUUAGGUAGCAGGAAAGUGUCUGAGGGCUUUCACUUUAGCAAAACUUUACCAAGUACAAUUUUAGUAUCGUGAAACUAUUUGCAUUGCCAGAGAAUUUUUUUUUUUUUUCAACAUGUCGGCCGUCUCCCACCAUGGCAGGGUGGCCCAAAAAAGAGACACUUUCACCAUCAUUCAUACAUAAUCACUGUCUUUGCAGAGGUGUCCAGAUAUGACAGUUUAGAUGUCACUCCAAACAACCAAUAUCUCAAACCCCAUUAAAGUGCAGGCAUGGUACUUCUCACCUCCAGGACUCAAGUCCAGCUAGCCAGUUUCCCUGAAUCCCUUCACAAAACAUUACCCUGCUCACACUCCAACAGCUCGUCAGGUCCCAAAAACAAUUAGUCUCCAUUCACUCCUAUCUAACACACUCACACAUGCCUGCUGCAUGUCCAGGUCUCUGGCAUACUAAACCUCUUUUACUCCCUCUCUCCAUCCUUUCCUAGGAUGACCCUUACCCCUCCUCCCCUCCACUCUAUUUUGUGCCACCCUCUUUAAAUGACCAAACCACCUCAGUAACCCCUCUUCAGCCCUCUGAAUAAUACUUUUUGUAACUCCACACCUCCUAAUUUCCACACUAUGAAUUCUCUUGCCAGAGAUUGUCCUUGUUAAAUCGCUUGCAAGAGGGACAUGCUUAGCUGUAGAUUUGAGUUGCUGCUGUUUAAAGCAGUUAUUGACACUGCCGUUACAUUAGUGAAUCUUCUGCAUACGAUUUUUUUUUUAAAUCACCAACCAUCUUCCACUUAAUAAGGGUGAACCCUCCAAAAAAGAUAAACAUUAACCAUCAGUCAUUCAAUAGCUGUCUUGCCAUCACUUCAAUGGACCAAAUGAACUGCAAUAUCCUCACCCUGCCAGAGUGCAAGCACCAUACUUCCCACCUCCAGGGAUCAAUUCCUUUUAACCAGUUUCCCUUAGGUCCUUCAUAAAUAUUACCUUGUUCACAAUCCAAAAGCAUGUCAGGCAAUGAAAAUCCACUUGCCUCCACUCACUCCGCUCUAACACUUGCACGUGCUUGCUGGGUGCUGAAGCCCUGAGCUCUCAAAACCUCCUUUACCCCUUCCCUCCAACAUCACCUGAGAUGAUCCUUGCCCCUUCUUUUCACCCCAAAUAUAUACAACCACAUGGCCAUCCUAUUCCGAUCCAUCAUCUCAGUCUCCAGACCACCUUAACACCCCCUCCUCAGCCCUCUGAAUUAUAUGUUUAGUAACUGUACUCUGUCUUCUGAGGGUAUCAAACAAUUUAGAUAAAGAAAAAUUGGAUAUCACAUUGGAGGGAGGGAGUAUAGAACAAGUGAAUGCUUUCAGAUAUUUGGGAGUUUGCUUGUCAGCAGAUGGGUUUAUGAAGGAUGAGGUUAACCAUAGAAUUGAUGAAGGAAAAAGAGUGAGUGGUGCAUUGAGGUAUCUGUGGAGACAAAAAAUAUUAUCCUUGGAGGCAAAGAAGGAAAUAUACGAGAGUAUAAUGGUACCAACACUCUUAUGUGGGUGUGAAGCACAGGUUGUAAAUGCUGCAGCGAGGAGGCAGUGGAGAUGUCCUGUCUAAGGGCAAUGUGUGGUGUAAAUAUUAUGCAGAGAAUUCGUAUUGUGGAAAUUAGGAGGAUUUGUGGAGUUACUAAAAGUAAUAAUCAGAGGGCUGAAGAGGGACUGUUGAGAUAGUUUGGUCAUUUAGAGAGAAUGGAACAAAGUAGAAUGACCUGGAGAGCGUAUAAAUCUGUCGGGGAAGUAAGGCGGGGUAGGGGUUGGCCCCAAAUAGGUUGGCAGGCGGGGGGUAAAGGGGGCUUUGUAGGUGAGGGGCUUUGACUUCCAGCGUGUGUGAGCGUGUUAGAUAGGAGUGAAUGGAGACAAGUGGUUUUUGGGACCUGAUGAGGUGUUGGAGUGUGAGCACGGUAAUAUUUUGUGAAGGGAUUCAGGGAAACUGGUUAGCUGGACUUGAGUCCUGGAAAUGGGAAGUACAAUGCCUGCACUUUCAAGGAGGGGUUUGGGAUAUUGGCAGUUUGGAGGGACAUCUGAACUGUUGUACCUGGCCACUUCUGCAAAGACAGUGAUUAUGUAUGAGUGAUAGUGAAAGUGUUGAAUGAUGAUAAAAGUUUUUUCGUUCUUUUUGGGUUUUUCUUUCUUUUUGAGUCACCCUGCCUUGGUGGGAAACAGCCGAUAUUACACCUAAGUGUAAGCAGGAGUAGCAAGAUAUACCUGUCUUCCUUUACAUACCCUCCAAAAUUCAUCCACCAGCUUUUGUAACUUCUCUUUAGAAUCUUCUAAAAGAAAGAUGUCAUUGGCAAAGAGCAACUGUGACAACUCCUUUGUAUCAGAUCUACAUCCUUUAAUCAAUGCUCUCUUACAAGUACACAUUAUGAUAGUUAGUAUCUUGAAUAUUUAGAGAAAGUAAUGUAUGUUCAUAGUGAUUUUGAGUAAAGGAAAUGUGAUUAUAUGAGUGAAAGGUAAAAAAAAAAAAAAGCAUGAGCACACUUUUGAAAGGAAAAGCACACAUGAAUCAGGGGGACAAGGACAGGUAAUACAGUGAAUGUGUGAGAGAGAGGAAAAUAUGCAUGAUAAUGAAAGUGGUGAAUGCAAAAUAUAUAAACAUUAUAAGGGUGAGAUAAAAAGAAUAGGAGCAUGAAUUUUUCUACAUUGUUCUUUGGAGACUAAUACAAAAGAGGAACAUUAUUCUGUAUAGACCAGUAUAAUUAUUUUUACUUGAAUUUGUAACUGUCAGUGAGUGAUUGAAAAGAGUUUUAGUAGUUUUUUUUUUUUAACAUGUCAGCUGUAGUAGUUAUAUAGUAAAUAUUAGCAGGAUUACUCAGCUUUUUAUGUAUUUUAGUUUUGUAUAUUCUGUGCCAAAAGCUUUUAAUUGUAAAGUAGCAUCCCAAGAUACAUUUACUGACCCAUCCUCCAUUUUGGUUGAAUCAUCACUCUUUGCACUUAAGGCAUUUAGUGUAAGAACAUUGCAUAUGCCAUAAAUUUAAAGUUUGUAUGUUUUGACAUUAUUUGAAUUUUCAUACAUCAUUGUCAUAUAAUUAAUGCACCAACAUAAUGAAAAGAGAAUAGAUACAUUUUUCCUAAUAUGUAUACUAUGUAUGUAGAUAACAUCUUAUUCAUGUUUUUAUUUUUAAAAUUUUAAUGUAUGGAUUUGAAGGCUCACUCAUCAUUAAUUGUUCAACGGAAGACUUAAAAAAAUAGCAGUAGCAUAAAUAGCACUGUAAAAUAUGCACUAGAUCUAGCUGAUAUUAUUCCUGGAGUUAGAUUACAGGUACGGUAAUAGUUUGAAGUAAAGGAAUACGAGGGUGGGUUUUAUUCUUCGCAGUUUAACCAUUUGCAGUAUAGGCUCAUAAUUCUGUUUUCUGAUGUAAUUUUCUAAUUUUGUGAGAGUCAGUAAUAAGGAAUGUUUUUAAUCAAAGUAAAUUUAAACUAAUUCAUGUAAAUGUGUAUAUCUUUCGAACUUUUCUGAUUGUAAAUAAAAGUAUUGUAGUCACAUUUGUCUACAAAAAUAUAAUAAAUGUUAAUAUUUUU